AUGUUAAGAGUUGAUAAUAAAUCUGCAAUCGCUCUCACAAAGAAUCCUGUCCAUCAUAACAGAAGUAAGCACAUAGACAUUAAGUAUCAUUUCAUUCGGAAGUGUGUUAAAAAAGGAGAAGUCGAAAUCGAAAAAACCACAGAAAUUGCAGAGGCUUCUAAAAUUGCAGAGUCUUCAAAAUCUAAUGUCCACAGCUUCGCUUGCAUCCUUGGAUGUUCAUAUUCAAAGUCUACAAAAGAUGCAAUCCCAAACCAAACCUUACGAGGUUUCAAUGUUAUUGAUACUAUAAAAUCUGCAAUAGAAAAGGAUUGUCCUGGUGUUGUUUCUUGUGCUGAUAUUUUGGCUUUGGUAGCCCGAGAUUCAGUUGCUAUGGUUGGCGGACCAUCUUGGGUUGUUCGCACUGGACGUCAAGAUGGAAGAAUCUCUAGUGCUUCAGAGGCUUCAGCACAGUUACCAUCUCCUUUCGCCAGUAUAAAUCAACUGAAGCAAAACUUUGCUGCAAAGGGCUUAAGUGUAAAGGAUCUAGUGGUUCUAUCAGGUGGUCACCCUUUGGGGAAUGGGUGUAAACAAGCACACACCAUUAGAAUUGACCAUUGCUUUGUAAUCGCAAAUCGUUUGUACAAUUUCAGUGGGAGAGGCGACACGGACCCAUCAUUGGACCCAGCAUUUGCAGCCCAAUUGAAGACGAAAUGUAAGCCUGGAGACACCACCACUGUCGUAGAUAUGGACCCUGGAAGCCCCAAAUUAUUCGAUGACAAUUAUUACACAGUUGUAGCUAGGAGAGGGCUCUUCCAAUCUGAUGCAGCUCUUCUCAACGAUAUCCAAACAAGAGCUUAUGUCACAUUGCAAGCUGCAACCAAUGGAAUCACUUUCGCUCGAGAUUUUGGUGCGUCAAUGGUGAAACUAGGCAACGUUGGAGUCCUCACUGGCAGCCAAGGUGAAAUCAGGAAACAGUGUGCCCUAGUAAAUUAAUUGAUUGAUUUUCUUUCUCUUAUUUUUUGGCAUUGAUUAAUGUG